UACAGUUUUGCGCAGUUUCGCACACUCAACAAACCGGAGAAGCAGCUUUAACACGGCGGAGCCACGCAACAACAACUACAAUACCAGUUUUAGCCGCGGCGGGGCAGCGUUUUCACGCCGUUUUAUGUGUGCUUCCCUCGUUGAUGAGUGUAGGGGGUGGUGGUGAAAGUUGGGGACAUGUUUUCCUGGAAGUGCACGGUUUUACGGAUACAGUGUGCAACAUCGCGGCUACUACGGCGAUAAAAGCCCUUCCCGAGCGGCCGGACCUUGUCGGGUGUUUUCGUGGGACCGUGAAGUCGUCAGUUCGCCAUAUUGUGCGCAGCGAAACUCGAUGGAAAGUUGUCAGCUAUGACAUUUGCUGCGCACACUCCGGCCAUGGAGCUGCACCGAGUCGACUUUGAUCGAAACCAAAGUGACUCCAUGAAGCUUUUCAUGGAGAAGUCUGUGCACCACUGAAAAACAAACAAAGCUGCGCCGCAGGCGCCUCCUUGUUGCUCAGAACUUCAGCUCGAAACGUCCCUUCUGCACUAACCUGCAGGUCUGCCUGCUCAAAGAGAAGAAGAAGAAGAAUGGACAGCAGAGCUGAGGAUUGAUUGUUGGAGGAGGACUAGAUGUUCCCCACCCUGCACUUUCCUCCCAGAUACCUCUGCAUAAACACAGUUAGGUGAACACUACAGAGGCACUGAGAAAGUUUUGCACGCUCAUUUUUUAUUUUUAUUUUAUUUUAUUACUAUGAGUUUUCCUUCCCAAGUUAAUACUGACAAGAGUAAGCAUCGAACUGUGGCCAUGAAAAAGGCCGUGCAGCAUCCAGGGGAGGCGCAUUAUGGUAUGGGCCCACCGAGUUUAAAGACGAGCCAUAGCGACGGCGCCGGCGGCUCCAACGUUGGAGCUCUACCGCACUAUCAACAGGCUCCUUCGGUGAAGUGGAUGCAGGACUCCGUACAGGGGGCCGGUUGGUCCCAGGAGGCUUCCGUUCAAGGCUGGGGCCAGAACUUUGCCCCUUACAUUGGUGGCGUGAAUGUUAGGGGUCAGAUGGGCUUCCACAAAGGCACCCACGAUGGUGUGAGCCUGCAAAUUGGGGCAGAAAACCAGCUGCCAGCACCUGUGGAGGUUUACAGAGAUGCCACGCAGGCUCAGAGUCAGGGAAGAGGGCUGGAGUGGGAGCAGCACGCUGCCGCUGCCAUGCAUCAGGCUCAGUUGCAAGCUUAUCACCACAAAGGCAUGGAGCUCCAGAGUCAGCCACCUGUGCCGUCUCACACCCUGCAGGGACAAGUGUUGCAGCCCUUCCAGGCAUCAUUUGGACCCAACAAGCAACAGUUCCCAUCUGAGUAUUACCCUGUUUUUCCUGGAAACAAGGCCGUGCAAAGCCUGGUCUAUGGCGAACAGCCCAAAACUCAGCAACAACUUCUGCACCAAAUGCAGCAGCAACAGAUGCAUCAUCACCACCAGCAGCAGCAACAGCAGCAUCAACUCCAGCUGCAGCAGCACCAAAUGCAACAGCAGCAAAUGCAACAAAUGCAGCAACAAUAUCACCAGCAACAAAUACAGGAACAACAGCAACAAAUGCAGCAAAUGCAACAACUCCAACAACAAAAUGUGCCGCAGCAAGAACCGACGCAGCCACCGGUGCAAUCAAAGCAGCAACAGACUCAAAACUUUGGAGCAUAUCCACAUCCAGAACUGCAGCUAUCCGACAGCGUCCCUGUAAAAGAAGAACCUCAGUCGGUGCUGCAGCAGCCGGAGACUCCAACCUGUGAUGCAUCACCUGCGCCCGAUCAGUACCCUGAAGACCCCACACAGACUCCGGACGCGGCACAGGCCGCCCCUCGGCGCUCACGCCGCCUUUCCAGGGAGGGACAGUCCCCGCUUGGUCCCCCUCCAGCAAACCUGUGGCCCAAAGAGCCGCCGCCAUCCCUGAACGGCGCUCCAGGUGUGCCAGCAGCCAAAGGAGGAGGAGGAGCAAGCCAGGUGGCAACAGGAGGGGUCAUCCAGAAUAACCGGAGAAGACGGAGAGCUUCCAAGGAGAUCAACCUGGAGACUCUUGCGCAAAAGGCGUCAGAGAUGGAGUCUCUGCCUGCUAAAACAAAUAAGCAGGAGGACGGUGCGUCCGGCAAACAGCCCCCCGUUGUGCCGCUGGUUAUCCCUGUGUCUGUGCCGGUGCCUCGGAGUCAAAUGGACCCACAGGGUGGCUGGGCUCAGGCAAGUCUCAGCCAGAGAGAGUGGUCUGCAGGACAGUCGGACCGCAAACCCUCUGUCAUCGUAGCUCGGCGGCGGUCUCGCAGAAACUCUGUGACUGAGAGUUUUAGUCAGGACGGGGAAAAUGAUUCAGGAGCAGACGAAGAUGGAAAAUCCAAGUUUAAGCGACGACCUCGCCCUGAGCCUCUCAUCAUCCCUCCACCUAAAGCGUCCUCCUUCAUCCCUCCAUCACUCUACCCCAGCAUCACCUCCUACCAGAGUAACCUUCGCUCUCCUGUUCGCUUGCCGGAGAACCUUCAUGCGCCUCCCCCGUACACGCCGCCACCUAUUUUGUCCCCUGUGCGAGGGGGGUCAGGGCUCUACUUUUCGGCUUUCCUCACCAACAUGGCGAGCAACCAAAUCCUUCCUCCGCCCGUGACUCCAAAAUCUGCAACACGCAGCCUGUUGCGUACUGUGUGUUCCGACAGUACUCCUCCAGUUUUACCUAUUGUCACCGAUGCAGCCCCUGUCAGCCUCGAACCGCGCAUCAACAUCGGCCCUCAGUACCAGGCAGAAAUCCCCGAUUUGCAGAACCCAGAUUUCGCCCAAAAUGACCAGCACCAAGCCGACUUGCUUUGGCUUCCUUUGGAGGACUCCAACCAUAAAAAUGCUAACCAGCACACCAUGGAGCACUUUAUGAAUCUAGCCUGUUCGAGUGUUUUGGAGGGAGGGGGGACCAAUCAGGAGCUGGUUUUACACUGUUUACAUGAAAGUGGAGGCAAUCUUCUCGAAACACUGGAACGGUUGAUGCUUCAGGAGCCAAUUUUCCCCGUUGACCAUCAUCUGAAAAAUUAUCACUACUCAGGCUCAGACAGAUGGACUAGAGAAGAGAAGCGUUACUUCAAUAAAGGAAUUUCUGCCUACAGGAAGGACUUCUUCCUGGUGCAGACGCUGGUCCAGACUAAGACUGUGGCUCAGUGUGUGGAGUUCUACUAUACGUACAAGAAGCAGGUGAAGAUUGGUCGAAACAGCAUCUUAACCUUUGGGCCUCCAGAUUCCCCCUCAGGAAAGCACACAGAGUCUGUGGUGGACGUUAAGAGCUCACAGCUUCCAAAAGAGACUCAGGAAGAGAGACAAGAUGAUGGGCAGAAAGAGAAACCUUAUGAAAGUCAUGAGAGACCAGUGGAUCGGUCGCUCCAGGUUCAUGACUAUGCAGGGACAGUGUUGGUGUUUAAAGAGCCAGAAGCCAUAAAAAAAGAGCCUCAAAGUUUUUCAGUGUCGCCCAGAAAUCGAGCCGAACCCACAGCCAAGAAGGCCAAACCCCAGCCAAAGCCUCCUCAGGAUCCCAAUGCAGUGUUUCCAUGCAAGAAAUGUGGCAGGGUGUUUUCCAAAGUCAAGAGUCGCAGUGCCCACAUGAAGAGUCAUGCUGAACAGGAGAAGAAGGCGGCGGCGCUGCGUCAGAAACAGGAGGAGGAGCAAGCCGCCAUUCAGGCUCAGGCCAGGAAAGCAGCGGCCUCUGCUGCUGCUGCGGCGGCGGCUCAUCACGGCGGAAACGGGAACGGAUGGAUGCAGCAGGCAGAGAUCAGCAGCCAGGACGACUCAUCCGAGGCCGAGGAUGACAAUGAUGCAGACUGGCAGUGAAGCUGAGGAGGGAAUGGAUUGUUGUGCAGCUUGUAGAGAUUAUGAACAAAGCCGAGAGCAUGAGCUUCAGAAAUGAGGGACAAUAUAAGCACAAAAGAAAUGAUUUCCAAGUCUUCCUGUUUAUUUUUACACAGCUUUUCCGACCAAAACAAAUGUCUGACUGGCUUCACACUAUCAGCCAGCCCUCCACACUCCAUCAUAUUAUCUGCUCUUUUAUUUUGGUAAAUGCACUUAUCUUCUUUGUUUGCCCAUACUGCAUUUUUUUAAUUCUUUAUUUAAAAAAAAUCAAGUUUAUUUUACAUUUUCACUCUGGAUUUAUCACGAAAUUGAUAUUUCACGAGUAUCUCUGUUGCAAUGUAAGAUCAAGAUCAUUAUUAGCUUCUUCACCAAAGCGGCCUUUUUAUGUACAGAUGGAGGUGAUUGUAUGUUGAGCUCCGGUGUUUUCGAAUUUUGCAGAUGUUUGCCACGUUUAUAGUUAAACCGUAAAAUUUAUUCUUACAAUAGCAAGGGACCUUUGAAGUGUGCAUGGACAAAAAAAAAAAUUAUAUAUAUAACUAUAUAUAUAUAUGAGACUGCCAUGUAUUUAUGAUGCAACAUUUGGAAAUGAUUUUUUUUGUAAAGAUAAAUCAUGUCAGUUGAGGAUUGACUGGUGAAUUAAAAAAAUAUUAAAAAGUCAA